AAGAAAGGAAAAAUAAUUAUCGAUAACCAUUAAUCGACUACAUAGCAAUGGUACAUGAAUACUUACCAACUUCGUCUUGACGACGUAACCAAUUACCGACUCCAAAAAAAUUGUUUGCGGGCUUGUUUUCUUUUAUUCAAAUAACAAAUGAAUAUGGAUGACAAAUUAAAGAAUAUUUUGAAAAUUCGUCCACUGCAAAAUACGGUAAUUACAUUUCGUACGUCCACGACAGAAUAUCGAAAAUUAGUGAAAAAUGCUUGUCUAUCGGAACUGAAAAAUCUUGUAAAUGUGGAAAUGGAAAUUGAACAAGUACAAGUGAAAAUUCCCGAUGAAAAGCAAAUGCCACCAAUGCCCAGUGAAAUACAUAAACCCAAGAUUGGUGCCUUGCUCAAGGAAUGUAGUCUGGUCGAAGAAGGCAUCAAUUUAUUAUGAAAAUAAUUACUGCGUCUUACAAUACAUUUGAUUAAGUUUUUUAUAAAUUAUGUUUAAACAAUCACAAGUCGGGUUGAAUACCUAAAAUACAAACGAAUAAAUAAUAUUAAGAAAAUUAUAAA